ACGGAAGCAGGAACUUGCGAACCACAAGCCAGCUGGCCAGGAGGGAGCUGCGGAGCAUCCCCUGCCAUUCUCACCGAGAGCCUCGCGCGGAGUCACCGCUGCUGCCCCGCGAGCGCGUAGGGGCCGUCCUUGCACGGGUUGGACCUCAGGGGCUCCGGGGUCCCCGCGGCGCCAGGUAAAGGCGUCCCGGCCCUCCCCUCUCGACCCACCCCAGACCAUCAUCUCUGCAAUCUUCUUGAAGCAAACUAAGACCAGAGGGAAGUUUAUCCUUGACCUUUGAAGACUAAAACUAUACUGAAAUUUAAAAUGUUGUUUGGAGAAGAACGGAGCUUGGUCUACACUUUUGCACUUGUUUGUUUCCUGGCAGUGAGGCCGUCCACCAGUCAUAAUUGUCCUACCCAGAGUCUGGAAGAUGUCGUCAUUGACAUCCAGUCAUCUCUCACCAGGGGGAUCAGAGGCAAUGAGCCCAUCCAUACAUUAACUCAAGAAGACUGCAUUAAUUCCUGCUGUUCAACAAAAAACAUAUCAGGGGACAAGGAGUGUAACUUGAUGAUCUUCGACACUCGAAAAACAACCAGACAACCCAACUGCUACCUGUUUUUCUGUCCCAGUGAGGAAGCCUGUCCACUGAAACCAGCAAAGGGACUUAAGAGUUACAGGAUAAUUAGAGAUUUUCCGUCAUUGGGCAAAGCUGAUUUCCCAGCAGUGACUCCCAUACCCCCUCGUCUGACAGGCUAUUCAAAGCCCACUGGUAUCUUGUGGAGAGAUACAUUUUCUCAGAAGUUUGGAGCUUCAGAUCACUUGGAGAAACUAUUCAAGACUGAUCCAAUGAGCACACGGUUCCCUGUUUCUAAAGAAAAAAGCCAUUCUCAGAGUUCACAGUUUUCUUCAGAACAAAAACUAGCUCAUCUUCUGCCUGAAAAUAUGACAACGUUCCCCACUACAGUGGCUGUUGCUUCCCUACGUACCCUCCCUGCCACUACAGAGCCCUCAUUUCUCUUCCCCACCAAUGCUCCAGCGACACUGUCUGUGACCUCUCAACCACAGGUGGCCACCACGGCUCCACCUGCAGUGACUGUCACUUCUCAGCCUCCCACAGUCAGUUCUACAGUUUUGACACAUGCUCUGGUUACGUCCCAAGCUAAUAUGACUACAACAGCAGUUCCAACUACCAUCUAUCAGGUACCUACAGACUUGAAAGGCCUACCAGAAACGGUGCCCUUUACAGAGAUGGCCAAUGUAACUUUGACGGCAGAGGUGGCCCAUAACCCUGCUACAGGUCUUUUGCCAAAUGUGGAUUCUUCUACAAAGAAAACCGCUUCCCAGGAGAAUGGGAAGACCCUUGCAGGCAGCUCCUCCCAGCACAGUUUUCCAGGAAGCCAACACAGCCUUCCAUUUGAAAAGUGGCUCCUCAUUGGGACCCUGCUCUUUGGUGUUCUGUUCCUCAUGAUAGGCCUUGUCCUCUUGGGUAGAAUGUUCUUGGAAUCCCUCCGCAGGAAACGUUACUCGAGACUCGAUUAUUUGAUCAAUGGGAUUUAUGUUGACAUGUAAGGACAAAACUAGGUAUCUCUUAAUUCAUGUCGUUCCUAGUAGUCCAAGCAUACUGAGUUUCUGCUAACUUGCUGAUCUUAGGAUUUUGGAAGCAUUUAAGACAGGCAAAUACCCCCUCCCACUUUGUUUUUGCUUUUUUGUUUUUUGAAGGGGGAAAGAAAAUAAAUCAGGUAAUUUUUGUGUUCUAUCUCUAAAAUAUCAGCUGAAAGCAAACUCUACCUAAAAUAA